UUGGACGGAUACGAUGCGGAGCUCUCGAAGACCAAGUAUCUGGCGAGAGACAUGAGUAUCGAUGACAUCGUGGACCUGUUCCAUCUUUUAUACCGAGCGCCCGUGAAGGUGCAAGAAUACGACUUCUUGGAGUCUGCGCACUGGUCAAACGUAGCAAGGUGA